AUGGUGAAUCGAGGUGCUUCAAAAGGCUGCAUCACCUGUAAGAAACGUCGUGUCAAAUGCGACGAGACGAAACCUUUCUGUAAAGUAUGCAAUCGAGUUGGACGACAAUGCGGAGGUUAUGAAAAGCAGGCUGCCCGGGUCAGGUUCAAAGACGAGACUGCUCGAUGUAUGAACAAAUUCCGAACAACAAAUUCAGUGACGACUACGAACAAAGUCAUCCACGAGGACAAGAAUUCAGGGACAAUAUGUGCAUUUCGACACGUCGAGCUAUCCCCAAGCCUACUUCCAAAACAACAGGACAUGGCUGUCUCCUUCUUUCUCACAUAUGUCACAGAUGUUGGUCGAAACAUGGAGUCAACGCGAGGCUUCUUGGAACUUGUUCGACCCACCUCGCAACUGAGUCACCAGACUCUACCUACCAAUGCCACUUCGAUCAAGCUUUGGGCAUUAUUACGACCAUCGGACGUCGCUGACUCAUUACCGAUCAAACUAUAUAACCAGGCACUGAGGAAACUACAAUGUGCCAUCCACAGCCCCGAAGAGCAAGGAAAAGAUGCAACUGUCAUUGCAGCGCUCAUGCUGCAACAACACGAUACUUUGGCCGCCAUAUUCGACCAUAACAAGUCGAACACGACGCACCGAAAGGGUGCUUUGGCCUUGCUGAUACAACAGGGUCAAGGAAGGACCAGGAACCAUGAACAUCUUCUGGGGAACCAUUUCCACUGCAGGAUCUCCUUUUGUGUCAGACACAAGGUACCUUUGACUCGGAACGAGCUGGAGUGGCUUUACAGUAAAGUAAUCCCCGCUCUUCCGAACAACUGCAGCUAUAUGCUUGACAUCAUUGGGAUAUCUGUGUCCAAACUGCAGAGUGUCGUAGCAGAUUCGGCGUCUCUUGAUAAAAGCAUGGCUCUCAGGGCCUUACAAGAGCUUCCGUCUAUCAUUUUUGAUGUCGAGGCACAGCUUCAAACAUGGCUGGAUACUGUACCACAAAUCUGGCAUCCCCAAAGGCUCCGGGCCGAUGACAGUAUUUUUUCAUCUGUCCCGACCUACGACGGCUCGAUCAAUGUCUAUCCAAGCAUCCAGAUUGCCAAUAUAUGGAAUGUUUGGCGUACCUACUGCCUCAUUGUUGAGCAGGCCAAGGCAAAGCUAUUUAGCAGCUUGACAUUGGAAAACGCAAAUGCAAGCACGAGAGAAUCGCAAGAAAUGCGAUACCUACUACAACCCAUGUGCCGAAGCAUGCCAUUCUAUCUCGGCAAUUGCUCUCGGCCUGUUAGCUUUGCAGACGUCAACGAUCAGCAAUUAUUAUUUCCCUGCUAUCACGACUUGCCUCCGAUGGACAAAGCAUUCAUCGCAUACAAAAAGAGCCAUCACUUCGUUUCGAGGACCGACCACAAUCGUCAUAAUCUCAUUCAUGGCCCAAUUGCUGCUCUGAGCGUUUUAUCCAACCUCAUUAGUCUUUUUGAGGACCCAUGCUCGCAGUUGCUGUCAUUUAACGGUGAGUUAGAGAAACAAAGGCAAUGGAUUCAUCAACAGUUUCGUCGCUCACUUUACUUGAUGCGUUUCAUACCAAACAAUUGUGUGGACUUUCGAGACGAUGUGAAGCAGAGGUCAAUGCAUGGAACCAUUCGUCAAGCACUCUCCACAGUUAACUUGCUGUGA